AUGGCAGAAGUCAGAAAACAAAAGGCUUCAUGGCCAAAGCAGCUGGCAAACUUUACCAACUCAACCGCCGGUCUUGACCUGACCUUGAGGCUGCUGCAUUCGCUGGUCAUCAUUGGUGCUGAAAUUAGCACCGACAAGCAGACUAUUGCUAUGAACAGCAUGGCUAACAUGCAAAUCAACCUUGGUCGCCGCUAUCUCCGUUUCUUCUGCUUCCUCGAUUGCUUUCACAGCGCGUACCAAAUCUUCACUACCCAGGGCAAAGCCUUGGGUACUAUUGCGGCAUUAAUGGAUCUUGUCGAGGCUACUUGUCUGGGAUUGUACCUCGUCAUUGAAAACUCUACCAUGCUCCAUGAUCUGCAAAUUUGGCAGGUAUCUUGGUACAACCCUGUACUUGUUGAGGCCAAUAAGUUCUGGUUCUACGCUAUUGCUGCCUCUAUCAUUCGAACGCUGGCGCUACUGUUGUUUAGCCCCAGUAAGACCAAGGCUACCACUGGCGGCCAAGGAAAGAAGAAGCGCCCCGAAGCGCAGCCCGCUUCCACUGGACCCUCUGCCAGCCAACUUUUGAGAAAACUUAGUGCGGAUGUCAUCGACUUGGCGCUUCCCGCAAGCUUCAUUGGCUGGGUGGCUGUGAGCGACCUUACCAUUGGUUAUGGCAUGCUUGUCAGUACCAUUCUGGUUUGGCCUGACAUGUGGGCCAAGUACCAGUAG